AUGCGUUCCCACGGCCAAGGGGGCAGAAUCCACGAUCAGGGUGGUGGCCGAUUUGACUACCCACUUGCCCCGGUCAGGCUCCACCACGCAGGUCUUGUCAGCCUCGAUUGUCCCUCCAGGACUCCUCCUAUAAAUACUAAGCUCAUGACUACAUUCAAAGGGAGUAGUGGUACAUUGUAA